AGUAAUAAUACACCCUUUUUGGUUCUCUUUCCAUUUUUCUUCCGCAACCCCUCAAGCUACUUAAUUUUCUUCUGUAUGAAUUCAAUUUCACAAGAAAGAAUCAUGAGACACCAACCCGAAGAUGAAGACCCUCAGUUAAGGGUUUUAUACGAGCUAUGUUCCAUCAUCAUUCACACUCUCAAGUUCCCUCCGUUACCCUUCCCUUUCACCACCCCAUAUCCAUAUUCUUCUUCUGAUGCUACUGCUUCUUCUUCUUCUGAUGCUACUGCUUCUUCUUCUUCUAUGCCACCCUCUAAGAGACAGCCCUGGUGGACAACGUUAACACCCUCACAGGAUUCCCCAGCAACAUUUGCAUCUCUGUUUUUGGGUAUAUGCCUGGCCUUGAUGCUUUUCGGUUCGGUCACAUUCUUUGUUGGGUUCCUUUUGUUACCUUGGGUUAUUCUUUUGGUCCUAGUGUUCUAUGUUGCUGCACUUGUCUCCUACUUAUCUUUAUUGGGUCGUUUCAUUCUUGGUUCCAUCAUGUUCCACAACAAUGUUCCACGUGCCUUGGAUUUAUCGUCGUACAGAUGAGGCCAAUAUACUGCUAAAGCUCUAGAAGGGAAAAGAUAAUAAGUUGGGUUAUUUCAUACACAAGAUAGAAGCAGAAGCAGAGACUAAGAAGUGAAAAGAGAAAAGACAAAGAUGGGAGCUGAUUGGGGACCAGUAAUUGUUGCAGUGGGCUUGUUCAUCCUCUUAUCUCCAGGGUUGCUGUUCCAAUUCCCAGCAAGGAUUAGAGUUGUGGAGUUUGGUAACAUGAACACAAGUGGGAUUUCCAUUUUGGUUCAUGCCAUCAUAUACUUUUGUAUACUUACCAUCUUGGUUGUUGCAAUAGGCAUUCACGUACACAUUAACUGACAUGAAAAAUCUCCUAUAAGUAUGUUUACAUUUACCAUUUUUUGGUGUAUUAGUUUCCCUUUAUUUUUCACCCUUUUAAAGUUUCUCAUCUCAGCUGUCUUUGAUGCUGGUAAAUUGUUCAAAAUGAA